CAAAGAGGAGAAGAAAAUGAAUUCAAACAAUUGGCUUGCCUUUCCUCUAUCACCAACUCACUCUUCUUUGCCUCCUCACAUCCACUCUUCACAAACCUCUCAUUUCAACCUGGGCCUGGUCAACGACAAUAUGGACAACCCUUUUCAAAACCAAGAAUGGAAUAUGACCAAUCCACACGGUGGAGGCGGUGAAGGAGGAGGGGUUCCAAAAGUGGCUGAUUUUUUAGGAGUUGGCAAAUCAGAGAUUCAUCAAGCCGACCACAACCUCGUACCUUGCAACGACAUUCAUCAAACCAAUGACUCAGAUUACUACUUCCAAACCAACAGCUUGUUACCUACCGUUGUCACUUGUGCCUCUAACACUCCUAAUAACUAUGAGCUUCAAGAGAGUGCUCACAAUUUACAAUCUCUCACUCUUUCCAUGGGAAGUACUAGAGCUGCUGCCGCUGCCGCUGCCGCUGCCGCCACCGUUAAAACCUCACCGGAUGAUAUUAGCACUGAUAAUAGUAGUAGCACUACUAACACAGGUGGAGGAGCCAUCGUUGAAGCUACACCGAGAAGGACCUUGGAAACUUUUGGACAACGAACUUCUAUCUAUCGUGGCGUUACAAGACAUAGAUGGACCGGUAGAUACGAAGCUCAUCUCUGGGAUAAUAGUUGUCGAAGAGAAGGACAAUCAAGGAAAGGAAGACAAGUUUACUUAGGUGGGUAUGACAAAGAAGAGAAAGCAGCAAGAGCAUAUGAUUUAGCUGCACUUAAAUACUGGGGCCCCUCUACUACAACCAACUUUCCUGUUACUAACUACGAAAAGGAAGUUGAGGAGAUGAAACACAUGACGAGACAAGAGUCUGUGGCUGCUAUUAGAAGGAAAAGUAGUGGAUUCUCGCGUGGUGCAUCGAUGUAUCGCGGAGUAACAAGGCAUCAUCAACAUGGAAGAUGGCAAGCUAGGAUCGGCCGAGUUGCCGGAAACAAAGAUCUCUACUUGGGAACUUUCAGCACGGAGGAAGAAGCAGCAGAAGCAUACGACAUAGCUGCAAUAAAGUUUCGAGGUCUAAACGCGGUUACAAACUUUGAGAUAAACCGCUACGACGUGAAAGCCAUCCUAGAGAGUAACACACUUCCUAUAGGAGGUGGUGCGGCUAAACGUCUCAAAGAAGCUCAAGCUCUUGAAUCAUCAAGAAAACGCGAGGAAAUGAUAGCACUGAGCUCAAACCUCCAACAGUAUGGUGCACCCUCGAGCUCUAGGCUUCCUUACCCGCUAAGCAUUCAACAACCUUUUGAGCAUCUUCAUCAGCACCAGCCUUUACUUACUCUACAGAACAACAAUGAUAUCUCGCAGUAUGAUUCCUAUAGUUACAUCCAGACACAGCUUCAUCUUCACCAACAACAAACCAACGAUUAUUUGCAGUCUUUUAGUCACAGCUCGCAGCUCUACAAUGCUUAUCUUCAGAGCAACCCUGGAAUGCUUCAGGGCUUUGUCUCUGAUGAUAACAACAACAACACUUCAGGGUUUCUUGGAAACAAUGGGAUCGGUAUUGGGUCAACCUCGACCGUUGGAUCAUCUGCUGGGGAUGAGUUUUCGACGGUUAAAGUUGAUUAUGAUAUGCCUCCUUCUGGUGGAGCCACAGGGUAUGGAGGAUGGACUACUGGAGAGUCUGUUCAGGGAUCAAAUCCAGGAGGUGUUUACACAAUGUGGAAUGAAUAAAAGGCUGGCUUAUCUGUCUUUGUUUGCGAGACAAGGUAGGUUCUAAAUGACAGCUAUAUUAUUUCCUUGUCUCGCAAGUAACCGGAUCGACUGUAGUUGAUUAGCAGAGAAUUUAGGAUUUUUUUUCUGUUUCUUUUUACUUUUGACGGCGAAGAUAAUGAACUUGUAGACGGCAGAGUCCUCAAGGGUUAGGGUUUUAUGGACAGGACACUAAGACAAGAUUCAUAAGUGCCCAAAUUUUGUUUAAAAGCUAACCCUUCUGACUAGUACUUUCUCAAACCUGUAAUUCGUUUUAUAAUUUUAAGAUUCAUAUUUCUUUGAUUCCCUUGUAUCUUAUUUCUGAAUUGUUUUUUUUAUAAGCCUUAUCGGCUAAUCCGGUUGGUCCCGGGAGGAACACACUUAGUGCUAUAAAGUACACUAGCCCGAAAGCGUACCACACUGCCUGACCCGAAUUUGGAAUACUUUCCGACUAAUGCCAGAGGGUGGA